CAGUCUCGACGUAACAGUGCUCUUGUACGGUCGAGAAUAGUGUGCUGAUAUCGCGUGUUCGUCAGGUCCACGAUGACCUUCGAGGACUUCUGCGGUGGUCCGUUCUGGGACGAGGAGUUCGUGUGGGAUAUUGACAAUCCGAACCUGACGUUCUGCUUCCAGCGCGUCAUCCUCCAGUGGGUACCGUGUGCGUUUUUGUUCGUGUUCUCCAUCUACGACAUCUUGAAGAUUACCGGGAGUCGGUACCGUGACAUACCAUGGAACUGGUACAACCUCUCGAAGAUGCUAGUGAUAUUCCUGCUCAUGUGCAUGUCCUGGAUCGAUCUGGGCAUGGUGUUGGGCUACCAGGAUGAGCAGGGCUUGUACGAUGUGCAGAUUCUGACGGCCGUGUUCAAUGCGUUGGCUUAUAUGGAUUUGCUUGUGUUGCUGUUCUUCAUGCGAAAGUAUGGAGUUCGUACGUCGGGCACGAUGUUUGUGUUUUGGUUCCUGCGCAUGUUCUUCGGCAUCAUUCAGCUCCGCACGGAGGUGAUGGAGAACGAUAAGCGACCGAACGCGAUCGGAUCUGGCGAUACGGUUGACUUUUGGGAGUAUCAAUACGUCAGCUACAUCAUCCAGUACUCCUUGAUCUGUUUGAUGCUUGUGCUGGAACUGUUCCCGGACAAAGCACCCAAGAUCAGUCAUUACCCCGAGUCUAAGAAUCCUAAUCCGGAGCUUAAAUCGAGCUUCUUCUCCAAACUCCUGUUCCUGUACUUCGAUGCGUUCGCCUGGAAAGGUUUCCGUAAACCGCUCACGAUGGAAGAGAUGUACGACAUCAACCCGCAGGAUACCUCUAGCGAGCUAGUCCCACCGUUCGACAAGUACUGGAACAUGAGCGUCGUCAGCGGGCGUAAAAAACAGAUCGCCGCAGACAAGAAGGCGGGCAAAACGAACAUCGAAUACAAACCACACUCCGAAACGAACGGAUCAUCCCUGUACGCGAUGGUGCGGGCGUACGGCGCGCCAUUUUGGUUCGCGGGAAUGCUACAGCUGGCGAUAUCCGGACUCCAGUUUGCCUCACCUUAUCUCAUGCAAGAAAUGAUGGCGGUUAUUGCACUGGACGGUCCCGUGUGGAAGGGCAUGCUGUUGACGUUCGCACUGUUUGCCGCCUCACUGCUGCUGGCACUGCUGAACGGCCAGUACUACUACAACACCUUCCUGAGCGGAUUUCGCAUCCGUACCGGGUUGGUGAGUGCGAUCUAUCGGAAGGCGCUGCGCAUUUCGAGCGCGGCCAAGAAAGACACCACGGUUGGUGAGAUCGUGAACCUGAUGGCUGUCGAUGCGCAACGCUUCUUCGAGCUUACGUCGUACAUGCACAUCCUAUGGUCGGGUGUGUUGAUCAUCGCCCUUUGUGUGUACCUUCUGUACGAUAUUCUCGGUGCAGCAGUAUUUGCUGGACUGGGUGUGAUGAUCCUGAUCACCCCCGUGUCUGGAGUGAUCGCGACGAAGAUGCGUGAUGCUCAGGUGGCUCAGAUGAAGAUCAAGGAUGAUCGUGUGAAGAAGAUGAACGAAAUACUUGGCGGAAUCAAGGUGCUGAAGCUGUACGCGUGGGAACCAAGCUUCCAGGACUCGAUCCUAACAGUGCGUAAGGAAGAAAUUGGAAUUCUGAAGCGCAUGGCAUACUAUGGAGCAGGUAUCUACUUCACCUUCACGAUUGCACCGUUCCUCGUUACGCUCGUGUCAUUCGCCGUGUACGUGCUGAUGGAUGAUGAGAACAUUUUGGAUCCACAGACCGCGUUCGUGUCGCUGGCUCUGUUCAAUAUUCUUCGUUUCCCACUCGGUAUGCUUCCCAUGAUGGUAACGUUCUCCAUGCAGGCUUGGGUAUCGGUGAAGCGUAUCGAUAAGUUCCUAAACAGUGCCGAGCUGGAUCCUAGCAAUGUGACAAAUCACAAGAGCGACGAAGCUCUCACGAUCAAGGAUGGAACGUUUUCCUGGGGAGAUGAGACACCAACGCUGAAGAACAUCAACCUCUCGCUCAAGAAGGGACAGCUAUCGGCGAUUGUUGGUACGGUUGGAACGGGUAAGAGUUCACUGAUCUCAGCUCUUCUCGGCGAGAUGGAGAAGGUUAGUGGAGUGGUGAAUACGGACGGUUCGAUCGCGUAUGUCCCACAACAAGCCUGGAUUCAGAAUGCGACGCUGCGGGACAACAUCCUGUUCGGUAAGGCAUUCGAUCAGAAGAAAUAUGACAAUGUGAUCGAGUGCUGUGCGCUGAGACCUGAUCUUGAGAUGCUUCCGGGAGGUGAUACGACGGAGAUCGGUGAGAAGGGUAUCAACCUUUCCGGGGGACAGAAGCAGCGUGUUGCAUUGGCUCGUGCAGUGUAUGCGGACUCUGAGAUCUACCUCUUUGAUGAUCCUCUGAGCGCCGUGGACGCUCACGUAGGCAAGCACAUCUUCGAGAAGGUGAUUGGACCAUCGGGAAUGCUUGUGGGCAAGUCUCGUCUUCUGGUCACUCACGGCAUCUCUUACUUGCCAUUCGUGGAAAACAUUUUCGUCGUUAAGGAUGGAGAGAUCUCAGAGAGCGGCUCAUACCAGCAACUACUCGACCAGAAGGGUGCAUUCGCCGAGUUCCUCACGCAACACAUCCAAGAGCUUGACGAAGCCGACGAAGACGAAUUGAUUCAAACUUUUAACCUUACUAUUUCCUCACCAGAAAUUAAGCUAAUCCAAGAAUCGCUCAAGGACGAAACGGCCAAACGUAUCGUGGAACGCUCCCUGUCCGUGCUGUCUGGACGAUCGGGUGGCAGCAACGGUAACCAGCGCAGGAAGCGCAUCAGCCGUCAAGAGUCGAAGGCAAGUGCCAAAAAGGAGGAUCCCAUCAUACAGAAUCUGGACAAGGCGACACUGAUCGAAAAGGAAGAAUCGGCUACCGGUGCAGUAACGUGGGCCGUUUACAAGAAAUACGUCACGGCUAUUGGAUUCCAGUUCGGGUUCUGGUCGGUCGUGUUUAGUGCAAUCAAUCAAGGCAGCGGUAUCUACUCGAGCAUGUGGCUUACCGAUUGGUCUGAAGAUCCGGAAGCAAUUACUGACACUUCGGUGCGCGAUAUGUAUCUCGGUGUUUACGGCGCACUGGGAGGAGUUCAAUCGAUCGCCCUGUUCAUUGGAUCGGUCUUGCUGGCGCUGGGCUGUUUGAAAGCGGCUGAAGAAUCACACAACAAACUGUUAGAGAGCUCCAUGCAUAUGCCGAUGUCUUUCUUCGACACGACGCCACUCGGACGUAUCAUCAAUCGCUUCUCGAAAGAUGUGGACGUGGUGGACAACAUCCUACCAGCCACCAUCCGUGCCUGGCUGUUGAUGUUGUUCAGCGUCAUCGGUGUGUUUAUCGUGAUCGGUAUCUCUACGCCGAUUUUCCUCGCGAUCGUACCACCGCUCAUGGUGAUCUACUACUUCGUGCAGCGAUUCUACAUCGAAACGUCACGGCAGCUGAAACGGCUAGAGUCCGUCACCAGAAGUCCGAUCUACUCACACUUCGGCGAGAGCAUCGGUGGACAGUCAACUAUCCGUGCCUACGCUCAGCAGGACCGUUUCAUUAAAGAGUCUGAGCAUCGUGUGGACUACAAUCAGCUCGUGACAUAUCCAACUAUUCUGGCCAAUCGUUGGUUGGGAGUACGAUUGGAAAUCAUUGGAAGUUUGGUGAUCUUGUUUGCGGCUCUGUUCGCCAUCCUGGCUCGAGACACCAUCGGCCAGGCAACGGUAGGACUGUCCAUCAGUUAUGCGCUGCAGAUUUCCAAUGUGUUGAGUUUCCUCGUGCGCAUGACGGCUGAAGUGGAGACGAACAUUGUUGCGAUCGAGCGUCUUGAAGAGUACACCGUACUACCAAGAGAAGCCGAAUGGCAGAAGGGUACAGUCGACAAGGCAUGGCCCGUUGAAGGAAAGGUCGAGUUCAAGGACUAUCAGAUCCGCUACCGAGAGGGUCUUGAUUUGGUCAUUCGAGGUAUCUCACUUGCAGUUCGAGGAGGAGAGAAGAUCGGUAUCGUCGGACGUACUGGAGCAGGAAAGUCCAGCUUAACACUUGGUCUCUUCAGAAUUGUUGAAGCGGCCGGUGGACAAAUCAUCAUCGACGGGCUUGACAUCUCCAAGAUGGGACUUCAUCAACUUCGUAGCCGGUUGACGAUCAUUCCACAGGACCCGGUUCUGUUCUCCGGUACUCUCCGGAUGAAUGUGGAUCCCUUCAAUAACUUCAGCGACGAUCAGGUGUGGAAGGCUCUUGAGCUAUCCCAUCUUAAGGCGUUCGUGAAGGGUCUUACUGCGGGUCUGGAACAUGAGAUCGCCGAGAACGGUGAGAAUCUGUCGGUUGGACAAAGACAGCUCGUCUGCUUAGCACGAGCUAUCCUGCGAAAGACGAAGGUGUUGAUUUUGGAUGAGGCUACGGCGGCCGUAGAUCUGGAGACGGAUGACUUGAUUCAGAAAACAAUCCGUACGGAGUUCGCCGACUGUACGAUCCUCACCAUCGCCCAUCGACUGAACACGAUCCUCGACUCGGACCGUGUGCUGGUGCUCGACAAGGGUUUGGUAGCCGAGUGUGACUCACCCCAGAGCCUGCUAGCGAACCGAGACUCCAUCUUCUACAGCAUGGCAAAGAACGCCGGUAUCGUAAGCUAAUGAUCGACUCAAGCAUUGAUGCAGUGUGAGUGUUCAGCUAGCAUAGGAAGAUCAAUUUUGUCUGUAAGUGUUAAUAGUUUAGCGUGUUUGUCCGUACUUCUACGUCAUUAGCUUAAGCACGACGAGUGCCAUCGAAACCAAAUAAAGUUUCCAAAAAGCCUUAACCUUU